AUGGCACAUUCCGACCAGAACUCUCCAAUGCUCGUCCUCGGAGCAGGCACGUUCGGCCUAUCCACUGCCCUCCACCUCCACCGUGCAGGAUACACUGACAUCACAAUUUUUGAGCGAGCGGAAUCCAUACCCUCGCAGUAUUCCGCUGCAUAUGAUCUUAACAAGAUCGUAAGAGCGGAGUAUGAGAACACAUUCUACACCGAUUUGGCCCUUGAAGCCAUCAAGGAAUGGAAGACUCCUCUUUUCGCGCCGUACUAUCAUGAGACGGGCUACAUUGUUGCCUGCUCCGGGAGAGCUCCAGAAAAGGCAAAGAAGUCCCUGUCGACUGCCCUGAGCUCGAUUUCCAAGCAUGCAGUCUUUGCAUCAGGCAUCGAACCCCUAAAGGGUGGCGAUGCCUUUCGCAAGUUCGCCUGGCAGCUCGAUGGACCCAUGGCUGGGUACACCGGGUAUUACAACCGGCUAGCAGGGUAUGGACAUUCUGGAAAUGCAUUGAAAGGCGUGGCGGAAUACUUGACAUCUCGUGGUGUGCGGUUCGUGACUGGAGAGCGACGAGGUAGAGUUGCCGAGCUCAUUUAUGAGGGCUAUGGCAAAUCAAGGCGCUGCGUUGGUGUGCGCACCGUAGCUGGGACGAAAUACCAAGCAGCAAAAGUGAUAUGUGCACUGGGGUCAUUCGGAGCCGCCUUGAUACCCGACUUGGGGAAAUUUGCGGUGGCAAGGUGCUGGUCGGUUGCACAUGUCCAGCUCACGGAAAAAGAGUGCGAUUUACUUCGAGGACUUCCAGUGGUCAACGUCAGAGACCUCGGCUUUUUCUUUGAGCCGGAUCCAGCUACCAAGCUGUUUAAGCUCUGUCCUCUCGGUGCUGGCUACUCCAACACUGAUGCAGAUGGUAUAUCCUUACCCCCUUCGGAAAACUCAAGCGAGACAUCGUUCAGCGACUGGAUCCCCAAGGCAGAUGAGGUGAAGCUGCGCACUCUUCUGCAUGAGAUGCUUCCGUGGAUGGCCGACCGUCCAUUCGUGGACAAGAAGUUAUGUUGGUUCUCAGAUUCGAAGGAUUCCGAGUACUGUAUAGAUUUCGUCCCAGAUACGAAUGAGUCAUUAGUCGUCAUCUCAGGAGAUUCAGGCCAUGGCUUCAAGAUGAUGCCAAUAAUGGGAAGCUGGGUGGUAGAACUGCUUCGUAAAGGCAGGCAAGAGAGGGAGUUAUGGAGAUGGCGCUCGGAGGAUGUGGCCAGUCCUCACCGUAAGUGGGGGACUGCAGUAUCAUGGCGCGUGGGCGAGGCAAAAGAGUUGGAAGAUGUUGCUCAUGAAGACCGAGCCCGGCUAGGAGCACGACUAUGA